AUGGCAGCACCAGCAUCGAAUGCCUACGCCCCGCGCAGGUCGGCCGCGUCGCCGGCCUCUUCAGCCUCCACCGAACAGGUCAUCGGCAAGUUCAAGCGUCUGGAACACAUCGGCAAGGGAAGCUUCGCUGAAGUCUAUCGAGGAAUACACAUCGAGAAGAAAGCGUCCGUAGCUAUCAAGUCUGUCAAUAUGAACAAGCUCAACAAGAAGCUCAAAGACAACCUCGUGUCCGAGAUCUCGAUCCUUCGAAGCCUCCACCAUCCACACAUCGUUUCUCUCAUCGACUGCCAGGAAACACCGUCUCGCAUGCACAUCAUCAUGGAGUUCUGUGAGCUAGGUGAUCUAUCAGCAUUUAUCAAGAAACGAGCAGACCUGACCAACCACCCGCAAACCCAGCGCAUGAUCGAAAAGUACCCGAACCCACCGGUGGGAGGACUGAACGAAGUCGUAGUGAGGCAUUUCGCAAAACAGAUGGCCAGCGCCCUGGAAUUCCUGAGAUCCAAGAACUACAUCCAUCGUGAUCUGAAACCGCAAAACCUGCUGCUGAACCCAUCAUCUUUGUACUAUUCCCAAAGUGGUACUCUCGAACGUAUGCCACUGGCUGCUGAUGCGAACUCGCUGAUACCUGCGCUUGGAAUCGAGACGCUACCCAUGCUCAAGAUUGCUGAUUUCGGCUUCGCCAGGAUUCUCCCAACAACUUCGCUGGCGGAAACACUCUGCGGCUCUCCUCUCUACAUGGCUCCUGAGAUUCUGCGCUACGAGAAAUACGAUGCGAAGGCCGAUCUAUGGUCUGUAGGCACUGUGCUGUUUGAAAUGAUGUCUGCACGCCCACCUUUCCGAGCAAACAACCACGUCGAGCUUCUGCGCAAGAUCGAGGAACGAAAAGACCAGAUCAGGUUUCCAGAAGGCCUAGUUUCGACCAGAGCAAUGAAGACGCUCAUCCGCGCGUUGUUGAAGCGCAAGCCUACUGAGCGCAUGUCGUAUGAGAGCUUCUUUUCGGAUCCUGUGAUUCGUGACGAAAUUCCUGGCCUUGUCGACGAGGACGUUCCGUUGAACAUGCAAGCUUCAGAACCAGAACCACCGGUUGAGCAACCCAAGCGAGUCCAGAAGAUGUCUGUCGAGAUGGAACGACGAGCUUCGGAGAGCCCGUACUCGCGGUCGCCCAGAGACCGAACUAGUCUUGGAGGUACGCCGCCAAUCCGUCCAGCGUCGCGAGCCAGUCCCAGCAACCUUGCCGGUACUCCUCCUCGUGCCCCGACAACCCGACGAGCGAGCAAUAUCCCCAUAGCACCUAUCGAGGAGCACGUACCCGCGCCUGUGGGUGAACAGCGGCGUCCAAACCUUCCAAAUGCAAUGACGGCACCUGCACGCCCUCCCAUGGUACAGGACCCAUCGAUGGCAAUUGGCCUCCGCCGCCGCUUCUCACGAGAUGAGCCUCCCCCUGUGUCGUCGGGGUUGAAGCAGCACCUUGAGCGUGAGCGCUUACCGCAAAAGACAGAGGCUGGCGCUAUGAAGGAUGCAGCAGAGCGAGCUGCACAAGAUACAGCCCUAGACGAAGGGUUUGUGUUUGUGGAGAAGCGCCGUGUGGAGAUCGAUGCUCUUGCCGACGAGAUUGCUGCAAGUCCGCAGACACCAAGGGACCGCCUGGUUAAUCGAGAUGGUGCGUUGCGGCGAAGGGCCACAACCCAAGGGUCACCAACUUCCACGACAGGCGCGACUGUUCCCUCAAGAGCAAUCUCCAUCCAACAGAAGACACCGGCUGUCAUCCAGAGACCAGGCUCUUACGAGCGACGCCGACAGUAUCGUCCCAGCUUUGAAAGCGCCACCUCUGCACUCUCCAAGGCCAUGAACAUGGUAAACAUUCGAGGUCUCGGCCUCUCGCCACCCAUGAUGAAGGGUGUUUCGCCGCCGCAAGGUUAUGCUGCUUUUCCUGUAUACCCUACCGCCCAAAGCAGUCUCCUACUCGUUGGCGACAGUGGCAAGAUAUCAGCCAGAGAUGAAGAUGCAAACUCCGUGAAGAAGAUCGAAGAGCUAGCUCAACUGAGCCAUGUCAUCUACGGCUUUGCUGAAGUCAAGUACAAGCAGCUAGUACCUGUCGCGCCAAGUGAUCAGGGACUAGGAGUCGGCCCCACUGGAGUUGCAAGGAAGCCUAGUAGCGACGUGAUCGAGGAUGACGACGAGGACGAAGACCUCACCCCCGAGACGAUACUGAUCAUCUCCGAAGAAGCCUUGGUCCUCUACGUCAAGUCACUCGCCAUGCUCAAUAAGGCUAUGGACGUGGCUGGCAGUUACUGGAACCGACAACGUCGUGGAGGUACCUCUCCUGAAGCAAUGAGCCGCGCGGCCGCAAACUCCGACCGCUUAAAUCGAGUUGUGUCAUGGACUCGAGACAGAUUCAACGAAUGCUGCAUCAAGUCUGAGAUUGUGGCUCGCAAGCUCAAGCAAGCCCAACAGCAGCUGCCAGACGAUCAUCCUAGCCAUCCGCAGAACCUCUCGGCCGCCUCAGGCUCUGCAACCACUGUUGGAUCUGCCGAGAACAUACUUCUCACCACCGGCGUUACAGCUGAGAAGUUGAUGUAUGAUCGAGCACUCGAAAUGAGCAGGACGGCUGCCGUGAACGAACUUGUCAGCACAGAUUUGCCAGGCUGCGAUCUCAACUACUGGACUGCCAUUCUCAUGCUCGAAGCAAUACUCGAGGAGGAAGAUGAAUCGUCCAGCCGCAAGCUUGAUGGUGAAGAGAUCAAUGGACUGGAGUCAGAGGACCGUCAAUCGAUUCAGAAGCUCCUUGAUCAAAUGAGGGGUCGACACCGAGCAUUGAAGAAGAAGCUCGAAAUCCAGAAGGCACAGAAGCGCACAUCGGUUACUAGUGCGCCUUCGCCAUAUCCUACCAGCCGCAGUUCACCCUCGUCUCAGGGAACUGCCCGAUGA